UCCAAUUUAAAUUUUGCAAGAAAAAUUGAAAAAUCUCAACUAAAUUUGUGCUCAAAAUUUUUGCCGUCAAAUUUUGUGUGUUGGACACGGCUAGACGCAUAGUCUGAGAGUCUGGUAUGGAAAUGGAAAAAACGCAGGGCGCAUUUUAAUUGUCACUCAGUUGGAAGCAGCUUUAUUUCAUUUCAUCACCCAAAUGAGCGCCACCACAUUCCACGUUUGUACCGGUUUCAAUUUAAGCGCUUCCAACCAUGUUCAUGUUAAAGCUACCAAAUGCAACUUCGCGGGUCAAUCGUCGGUGAAAGCACUUCCUAUUCGUAUAUUAUCCGUCGGAAAAAAGCGAUCAAGUGGACUGCAACUCAUGGUUGACGAGUAUGUUGAAAAGAUCAAGUACUAUUCUAGUGUCGAGGAUGUUCAAAUUCGGCCAAAUCCCAGAAAUGCUCGUGACCAAAGGGCUCAGGUUGAUGACGAAGACACGGCAAUGAUGAAUCUUAUAAGGUCUGAUGAUUGGGUUGUGAUGUUGGACGAACGAGGGCAAGAUGUACGAUCUGAGCAAAUGGCAGAGUUAGUGGCGCAUGCAGGAAAUACUGGUGCUUCACGUUUAUCUUUUUGUAUCGGUGGACCCUAUGGUCAUGGAAAAAAAAUAAGGGAACGUGCUAACUUAUCAAUCAAGUUAUCUUCAAUGGUCUUAAAUCAUCAGAUAGCAUUACUUGUUCUUGUGGAACAGCUUUACAGGUCAUGGACAAUUUUGAGGGGACAAAAGUACCAUCAUUAGAUAUUCUAUCUUAUUUUUGUUUAUCUUUCAUAUAUGUCUAUGAGCUAUCCAAUUUUCUAAUGGACCUUUAUAUCUUGUCUGUUUCCUAAUAUCAUGACUGUACAUUUGAACUGAAGUGGGAAACCUUUUUUUCUCAUGUUUAGGUGCAUGUUUGUAUUAAUGGUAAGUUUGCCAUUUAUUGAAGUUCUAAAGUGUAACUUUAAUCAAAAUUAUGGUGAUGCGUUAUGAUUCUGUCAAAA